GAUAGCACUCAAAGCGUGCCCUGCGGGUGCUUUUAUAAACAGUGUCAAUACCUGUCCAACUUGACAGCACCAGGCGUUUCCACCGGCAAGAGCACCGCAAAUCUCUAAAUUAUCGGUUAGCUACCAGCGCCUAUCUCGGAAGACGUAUUUCUCUACCCUCCGCAAGCUAUCAUGAGCUUGACCAGGUGUCUAAUUGCUCAUACUGAGGUACAGGCCUUUAUUGAGAGAUGUAUGCUGACAGUUGGCACAAAGCCAAGUCAUGCCAAGAGCCUAGCAGAGGUAUUGGUGGAGGGAGACAGGCGGGGACACUAUAGCCAUGGCCUGAACAGAAUGGAUUUGUAUGUUAAGGAAAUUGAUGCUGGAAUUUGUGCAAAAGAUGGUGAACCAGUCAUUGAGAAGGAGUCAGUAGCCACUGCACUAGUAAAUGGGAAAAACUUACUGGGACCAGUGGUGGGCAACUACUGCAUGAGCCUGGCCAUAAAGAAAGCUCAGGAUGUGGGCAUUGGCUGGGUGGUGGCCAGAGGCUCCAACCAUUAUGGUAUUGCAGCUUAUUACUCAAUGCAGGCACUAAAAGAGAACAUGAUCGGAAUGACCUACACAAACACCUCUCCACUAGUGGUCCCCACAAGAGCAAAGGAGUGCACGCUGGGAACCAAUCCAAUCAGUGUGGCUGCUCCUGCCAGAAACGGGGAUAGCUUUGUGCUGGACAUGGCCACAUCAGCAGUGGCCCUGGGAAAGGUGGAGCUGCACAAGCGAAACGGCAACUCCAUUCCAGUGGGCUGGGGUUGCGAUGCACAGGGUAGACUGAGCACAGAUCCAGGGAAGGUGUUGUCUGGUGGAGGCCUGGUGCCCAUUGGUGGCUGUGAGAUCACAGGAGGACACAAGGGCUUUGGCCUGGGAAUGAUGGUAGAGGUGUUCUGUGGAAUGCUAGCAGGAUCUCAGUACAGCCGCCAUAUUCGUACCUGGAGAGUGACAGACCGCAUGGCUGACCUGGGUCAGUGUUUUGUGGCAAUAAAUCCCGAAAACUUUGCCCCUGGUUUCAGUGACAGAAUGUCAGAUCUGCUGUCUCUUCACAGGAAUCUAGAACCAGUUGAGCCAGGAGUUCCAGUCGUUGCUCCUGGAGACCCAGAGAAGAUGCACAUUGACAUGUGUCAAUCACUUGGUGGUAUUCCUUAUCACCUGAGUGUCGUCAACCACAUGAAUGAUUUUGCCAGAACCAUCGGAGUAAGCCCCUUGUUGCCCAACAACAGAAUCAUUCAGUGACACUGAAGUUUCUAGGAAAGUCAACUUUAAAUCUCCAAAGAAAUUCCAAGACAAACCCACAACUUAGAUAUUAAUGUAAUAUGCAGCACUUUUAUUAGAAGAUCAAAGAUAUUUUUGAACUGUUUGAAAGAAAAUGUAGAAUUUGCACAUUCACAUGGUAAGCUCUGCAGUAACAUGUUUUAUCAGAAUUAUCAAUGAAAUGGAUUGUUAUAUGAAAUAAUAUAUUAAAGAACAUAAAUGACAUGUUUUUAAAUUUUAUAAUUUCUAGAUACAUUUCUAAAUAAAUGGCUACAACUCCA